AUGGCCUCGUCUGCGCGCAGCCGCCGCGACGGCAUCCUCACUAGAGAAGGGCAGCAUCGGCACCCUCAGCGCGGUGGCGACGGGAGUGCUCGGCCCCGCGGCUGCUCGACGCCGUGCAAGCAGCGGCAGCAACCCCACGCCGCUCCUCCCUGGCUCGACGCCGUGCCCGAAGCAGCAACUCAGAGCAGGGCUGGGCGUGGCUCUCUUGGACGGGGGCUCCACGACGGCAUCCUCCUCCUCCUCGUGGUGGCCGCGCCGCCGCUCUGCGCCGCGCAGAGCCCCAUCUCGCAGCCCCCGUCGCCCGGCGCGCCCACAGCGUCCCCGCUCCUCCGCCCCGACGCCAACGGAUCCGCCUCCCCUUCCAUAUCCCCCUCCGCGGGGUCCCCCGACAAGGACAAGGCGCCGGCGGCAUCCCCUCCCGUGCCCACCGAGACGUCCCCGCUCCCUUCCCCCGCCGUGGCCCCCUCCUACGCGCACUCGCCGUCGCCGUCUCGUCCCUGCACUCCGCCGCCGCGCCCGCCCCUCCCCUGCUGCUGA